ACUAAUUAUUGACGAUGAACAAAUCUAUGAAGAACAGGCAAUGGUUUGCUUCAAAAACCAGUUUGAAAAAUUCAAGAAUAUUGUCAAGAAAGAUUUAGAAGCAAAAUGUUUGGAUUCACUAGGGAGACUGGAUACAAUGAAAAUACAAGUGAAGAUAAAGAAUCGCAAGUACUGCACACCCUGACAGGGUAUGAUGAUUAUAUGAAAGAUAUAGACUCACUGAUCCAGCAGUUCAAUAGAGAAGCAGGCUACAUGGGAUCUGUGGCGAGAAUUGUUCUUCAAGAGUUUCUUGAUAAAAAGGUAGAAGAAGAGGAAAUUGUGUACAAAAUGGUUCUAGAGGCACUAGAUGGGCAAGAAGGGCCAGCAAGGAGAAAGAUGAAGCGCCUGAGUCUGUUCAGAGAAGAAGACGCUAACAUUUUAAAGGGGGAAGAAGAAGUUGAAGAAGCAAUUCGAGCUGAUAUUGAAAUGUUACAAGUCAAUGGCUUACAGAACAUCGGAACACAAUACCUUGGCAUGCUGAAGACGAAAAUUGAAGAAGUAGACAGAGUAAAGAAAGGGCUCACUCGGAGCAGCUCAUACUAUCAUAAAUUAUGUAAAGAAACGGCACAUUGGAAAGACAUUUUUGACAAGGCUAUAUUUAAUUUGUCCCACUAUAGGAAGCAGCUAAAACCAGUAACUGAGCAAAAAGAAACGGAUAUGCGAUGUACAGCUUAUAAUGAGCCUUUGGAAGAUGUAAUAGAGCCACUUUGGAAGAAAGCGCUGGAAAAAGAUGAAUCCAUAGACGAAGAUGAUGUCACGUCACAAUGUUCUUUUGAUGGGGAGGAUUUCAAAUCUGCAAAUGGAGACAGUUUAACGGUUCUUCCUAACAGGGUUUCGCCAGAUGGAAUGUCUGAUGAUCCAGUUUAUCGUGACCCGGCUCUUGUUGAAGAACAAAGAAAAUCGGAUAAAUGCAAUAUCAUAUAAAAGCUAUUGAUUAUGGGACAAUUUUGCUUGGCAAGGACGAGAAUGAUUGAACUUAUUUUUUGAAAUUAAGAUUUUCCGAGUAUGAUGAGUACACGUGGCUAAUGGAAAAUUAUUAGAACGGUGGUUGUUAUAUACAUAAAUAUGCACUGUGUACAAAUUUCAUUUCAGAUGCUUUAAAUUGUAAUGUUAUUAAUCAAGCGAUUUCAUAUUGACCUUGUUAUUUGUCAAAGGGUUGUCGUUUUGGCCCAGGGCCGUAGGCCGAGGGACAAAUAACUAGGCAAAUAUGAAAUCACUUGAUUAAUGACAAUUUUAUUAUUCAACUUUGUAAUAUUUGCGGUAACACCAUUAGAACUCUUUGACUUACCUUUACAGUUAUUCAUUUUCAGAUCAAAAAUUUUGUUUUGAUUUAUUUUUGAAAGCAUAAUCAUUUUAGCCAGUAAAACAGAAUGGGUUGUAUAUAGGUACGUGUUAAUAAUUUUGAGAUAUAUUAUGAUGCCUCGACAUAAUCAAAAGUAACUGGAAUUUACCUUUUUAAUUUUUCUCGAGUGAGCAUCUUAUGAUCUGUUUAUUUGAACUGUGAUAGAAAGUGCUUAAAAUGCCAUUUUUUAGUAAGG